AUUUUGGAAAUUAGUUUCUUAUCGGCUUGCGACAAGUGUGCGUGUGACGUGUUCUCCAAUGCUUCCUUCUGCUGGACGUAACAAACUGUUAAAGGUUUCUAAGAAGCGUUCGUGAUGCCGAUCCCCAACUGGCAAUACCAUAUUCAAGGAGUGAUUGUACCAGGCCAUAAUAUAUGAUUUUUAGUCGGUUAAUAUCCAAAAUAGAUGAUUUAUAUAUUAAUCUUCGCAAUUCUUCUACUGCUUGGGAUGUACCGGUUGUUGCGCUCUAAGAACUUACCACCAGGACCGUGGGGCUUACCCGUUCUGGGUUAUUUACCCUUUCUCGAUCCCAAAGCUCCUCACGAAACGUUGACGACGCUCUCACGCAAAUAUGGCAAAAUUUAUGGCCUGCAUCUUGGCAGCGUUUACACCAUCGUACUUUCGGAUGCGACGGCCAUUUCAUCGGCUUUCUCAAUGGAUAAGCUUACCGGAAGGGCGCCACUUUAUCUAACCCACGGGAUUAUGGGUGGCUAUGGACUUAUUUGCGCAGAAGGAAGUAUGUGGCGUAUUCAUCGAAAGUUUGCGGCAAAAUUUUUGAGGUUGUUUGGAGCAACCAAAUCGGCCAGAGCGGCUACAGACUCGUUGACGGAAGUAAUUAUAAGAGAAGUGCACGAUUGUGUUAAUGUAAGUCAUCAACUCGCAACUCCCGCUUACAGAUUUCUGUUGCAGGUCAUUGGGGAUGAAUGUGAACCCAUUGACCCUCUAGCACAUUUACAACAUGCCAUAGGAUCAGUAAUGUGCCAGUUGGUUUUUGGAAAAACGUGGAGUAGAGAUGAUCCCACUUGGUUGUGGCUUCAACAUACUCAGGAGGAGGGAACCAAGGCUAUUGGGGUUGCUGGUCCACUAAACUUUUUCCCAUUUUUAAGAUACAUUCCACGAUUUAGCAAGGUCGUGCGUUUUCUACUAGAUGGGAAGCAUAAGACUCACCAACUGUAUCGCGAGCUGAUAGAGCAGGAGCGGAAAAAUGUCCAAGCCGAUGAGUCACCCCAAAAUGUCAUUCAAGCCUUCCUACGCGAAAUAAAUACCACGUCCGACAAAGAGUAUUUUACUUUUCAGCAAUUUUAUCAUUUACUUGCAGACAUUUUUGGUGCCGGCUUAGAUACUACUUUGACCACGUUACGCUGGCAAUUGCUUUACAUGGCAGCCUGUCCUAAAAUUCAGGGUGAGAUUCGUGAAGAGGUGGAUCGUGUACUUCAAGAUCGCCCCCCUACGAUAGAAGACAUCCCGCUGCUUCCGCUUACGCGAGCUUCCAUCGCCGAAACGCAAAGGAUCCGUUCCGUUGUACCCGUCGGCAUACCCCACGCAACUUUGGACGAGGUCAAUCUGCUCGGUUACCGCAUCCCCAAAGGCACCAUGGUGGUACCAUUGCAGUGGGCCGUUCACAUGGACCCGACAAUUUGGGAGAAACCCGACGAAUUUAAUCCAAGACGCUUCUUGAACGAGGAACAACGGUUUGCCAAGCCUAAACAAUUUAUGCCGUUUCAAACUGGGAAAAGGAUGUGCAUCGGCGAGGACUUGGCGAUCAUGAUUUUGUUCUUCUUUACCGCCUCAAUUCUGCAACGGUUCGAAAUUUGCGCAUCUGGCGAUGUGGAUUUGGUGGGCGAAAUAGGAAUUACGCUCACACCCCGAAAGCAAGCCAUUAGAUUUGUUUCCAGAAGAUGAAGAUUUUGCUGCUAUUUAUACUAAAGGCAGUGCCAUAUUGAAAAAUAAAUUUCAUUAAAAAA